AGACGUACCUGCUCCUGGAACAUGCCUUCCCAUCAGCAUCAGAAUCAGCAACAGUGCACACCACAAGCCCAGCAGCAGCAGGUGAAGCAACCCUGUCAGCCACCUCCUACCAAAUGUCAAGAGGCAUGUGUGCCCAAAACCAAGGAUCCAUGUGUUCCUCAGGCCAAAAAACAAUGUCCAGCAAAGAGCACAGCUAACCCAGCUCAGCAGAAGUGUCCUACUGCACAGCAAGACCCCAAGUAUAAACAGAAGUAAGGAUGAACUGGCAACCACCACCUGCUUAACGCCAGACUACUAGAUGGAGCCUUGCCUUCCUCCUGCUUCUAUUCCCACUGAUCCAAGGUUUCCCCUCAUUCUGCCUAUGUCUAGUGAAUUUGGAUCUUAAGACUCCUUGACUCCUCAUCAAUCUCCUCAUUACAUAUUCCCUUGUUACUCCAAGGCUUCUUCUAUAGCCUACCCUUUUGUCUCCUAAGUGGGCAUGAGAAAAAUUUUACCACUCCAGCCUUUUUAUUGAUCAUAAUUGUGACCCUCUCUAUUCCUUAUUACACAAUAGCCUCUUCUAGGGCUCUAGCCAGAGCUGAUGUCUCAAUCUUUGCCACUCCAUUUCUUUCUACACUUGUUGCCCAUUUACCCCAUUAAUAAACAUGUGUUUCAUGUAGG